UUGCAAAUUCCAUCCGACAGAAAGAAUACAAUACAAUUAUGGAAAAAGAUGAUCAUCUUAGCGUUGUGAUGCUGCCAUGGUCUGCCUUUGGCCACAUGAUGCCUUUUUUCCAACUUUCAAUAGCUUUAGCAAAAGCAAAAGUUCAUGUCUCCUUCAUAUCCACACCAAAAAACAUCCAAAGACUCCCCAAAAUCUUACCAGAUUUGCAACCCUUUGUGCAAUUAGUCCCCAUUCCAUUUCCACCGUUGGAUCCCGACUUAUUGCCGGAAGGAGCUGAGGCCUCGGUGGACCUCCCCUUUGAAAAUACUGACAACUUGAAGAUUGCAUACGACCUCCUGCAAACACCCAUCAAGCAGUUCAUUGGGGAUCGAUUGCCUGAUUGGAUCAUAACCGACUUUGCUGCUCAUUGGGUCGUAGAGAUUGGCAAAGAGUACGGCGUUCCACUUGUCUAUUUUACUGUUGUCUCUGCUGCUACAGUUGUCGUUUUUAGUUCAGCUGAAAAUCCCUCCAGUGGUAAUACAGAUGAUACUCUGCCAUCGCCGGAAAGCCUUACUUCGCCGCCGGAUCUGGUUACUUCUCAGUCAACGGUCGCAUACCGAGAGCACGAGGCGGUCGAUAUGCACGAGGGCCUUUACGGAGUGAAUGAUUCCGGCAUAAGUGAUGCCGAAAGGCACGCCAAGAUUCUAUCAGCUUGUCGAGUUUUCGCCAUUCGGAGUUGCUAUGAGUUUGAAGGAGAGUACUUGGAGGCAUACAAGAACAGGUCUGGGAAGCUUGUGAUUCCCACUGGUUUGCUUCCUCCUGAGAUACCUGCAAAAGGGGUAAAAGGAGAAAUUUCCACUGAUGAUGGGAUCUUUGAAUGGCUCGAUAAGCAAAAAACCAGGUCAGUUGUGUUUGUAGGGUUUGGGAGUGAGUGUAAGUUGAGUAAAGAGCAAGUCUUUGAGAUAGCUCAUGGGCUGGAGCUAUCAGAACUCCCUUUUCUUUGGGCACUCAGAAAACCCAAUUGGGCGAAUAGUGAAGCCGAUGCUCUGCCUCUAGGGUUUGUCGACCGUGUAUCAGAGAAGGGGCUUGUUUGCAUCGGAUGGGUGCCCCAAAUGGAAAUCUUGGCACACCCAUCGGUUGGGGGUUCUCUGUUUCACUCUGGAUGGGGAUCAAUAAUUGAGACUCUGCAAUUUGGGCAUGUUCUUGUUGUGCUACCAUUCAUUAUUGAUCAGCCUCUGAAUGCAAGGCUUUUGGAGGAGAAGGGUAUGGCUGUCGAAGUGAAACGACGCGGAGAUGGGUCGUUUAGUAGAGAUGACAUAGCCAAAACACUCCGGCACGCGAUGGUGGAGGAGGAAGGAGAGCGGCUGAGAUCCAAUGCUAGGAAAGCUGCAACUGUUUUUGGAGAUCACAAGCUGCACCAAGACCACUACAUUGGCAAGUUUGUCAACUUUCUUAAAAACAACACUACAAAAAGGUCAUCCGGUUCUUAGAUGUCCCAAUUAUAUUAGCUAAUAAUUUGGAAUGGCGCCAAAAUUUUCACGGCAUUGGAGAUGCUGGAAUAAUGUUGGAUAUGAAUUAGUGAUCCCAUGUGUUUCUAUAAGCUUUCAAGUGAUUUUUUUGGUGAUAAAUAUAUGCUGGACUAAUUUUAUUAA